AUGAUGACGUUCCGUUUCACGCCGGACAUACCUCCUCUUUGAUGUCAGAUGGUGCCGUCGGAGAAGCUAAGGGCCUAAACAUCGAAACAGAUGGAGGAGUCCUUUGUUGCCGCGGCUUCAGGUGAUUGUUGGAAAGUAUAAAGCAGGGAGCUGUGUUCGCAAUUAGCUAUCCACAACCUCACAUUUGCAACUGAGCUCAAAAGCAACUCCUGUAUCACUUAUUCCAUCACCAUGAAGCUUUCAACGUUCGUCACCGCCAUCGCCCUCGCUUUCGCCUCUACGUCGUCCGCACAGACAGCCUGCGACUCCGUCGCCUCAGCCAUCCCAACUUGCGGCCAAUCGUGCCUCCUAUCCGCAGGCUCAGCUAUCGGCUGCGGCACCGGCGACUACGGCUGCCAGUGCACCAGCUCUUCUGCACUUCAAAACUCCGCGCUUGGCUGCGUCGUUGGCGCUUGCGGAAUCGCUACAGCCUUGCAGGUUCAGGCUUCAGCUAGCGCUGUCUGUGCCUGCAUUGCUACUGCUACGCCGGACCAAGUGGUAGCUAGGGCCACGCCUGCACCCGGUGCCAGGCGCUACCGAUAUUGAUUGAGGCUAGCUUGUGAAGGAGUACCUAAGAGCUGGUUUAUACCGCACAUCACAUGGGAUGUUGGGAAUAGCGGGGACGAGAAUUGGGUGGGGAAUCAGGAAGUGAAACGAAAAACAAGUAGUUGGGACACUAUUGGUUAUCAUGAAGUGGU